GUCGACAUGUAUGCCGUUCUAAAAUAUAAAUAUCACAAUUAAACUAUUUUCAUUAAAUUCAAACACGAACUUCCAAAAUGGUGCUCUAUUAUAUAAACAGAAAAGCUACGUUCAACCCUGUGAUUAUUGUUUUAAAAUGUAUUGGAAACUACUGAUGUUUACGUCACGUUAAUCUUGUUAUGUUUAUGUCUCUUAAUUAUACUGUGCUAUCUGUGACGACGCCAAAAUGCAAGUGAUUUCAUAAUGGUGUUAACAAAACUAAAUUGGGAGCGCAACAGAAAGACAUCAAUACGUUUACGAUAUGUGAUUAUUAUUGCAUUACUGUUCGGAAGCAGUUUUUGCCUACUUUUUCUUAGCAACAGUCCCCUUAUUUUAUUUGUUACGGAAGAUCCAUUAAAAACAGCACGGAGAUACCCUUACAACAUUGCACGUUCCGACGAAAGCUAUACAAUUAAAACCGAAGGAUGUACAAUACCUGGACUUCAACCAUUUGAUGACAGUAUUAAGAAAUUUAUAGAACGUCCAAAAAAUGUAAAACUAUGCGAAAAUCAAAAUGCUUCACUACUCGAAAAAAAUCGAACACAUAUAUGGAUAAAUUCAAGGAAACUUCGAUUCUUCAAUUUAACUGAAAAUGCCAAUAUUACUUGCUGCUACAAGUCUUUCUAUCGACCUCUUGCUAUCGAUGAUGUCUCGUCUGCCGAAAUCGACGAUAGAGUAAAGUAUAACGAUUGCAUUGAGUUUUCGACCAGCAUUGAAGUUACUAAUGAAUUUGUUAAAGUAUCCUGUAUUCAUGAAUUCAGCACUAUUUUUGAACAAUUUUUUGCAUUUACUCCGAAGAAACCUCUUUUAAACAGUAAAGAUGAUUUUAUAGAUGAUCCAACUACAUAUAAUGUAAUAGUCAUCGGUAUCGACGCUAUAUCAAGGUUAAACUUUCACAGAACUAUGCCUAAAACGUUAGAUUUUUUGAGAAAAAGAGGCGCCAUAGAACUGUUGGGAUACAACAAAGUUGGAGACAAUACUUUUCCGAACUUAAUACCUAUGCUUUUAGGCAUACAAGAACAAGAUUUAAAAGAGACUUGCUGGCCAAAUUCAAAAUCUACGUUUGAUAACUGUCCCUUUAUAUGGAAUUCAUUUAAGAAUGCAGGCUUUUACACUGCCUUUGGUGAAGACAGUGCCAGUCUCGGAACGUUUAACUUCGAAAAAUUUGGAUUUAUUCAAAGUCCUACUGAUUAUUACUUGCAUACAUUUAUGCAUGAAGCUGAAAAAUACUCGGGCAAUAACAGAGAUUUCAAUUCAUACAUAUGUAUGGGUAAUAACUAUUUUUACAAUGUUCUUCUUGAUUAUAUCGAAAAUUUAACCAAAGCUUUAAAGACAUCAAAGUUAUUUGGAUUUUUUUGGGAAGUCACAAUGAGCCACGACUAUUUGAACUACCCAAUGCUAAUGGACGAUAGUUAUGAAAAGUUUCUUAUGUCACUUGACCAAUCCGGAUAUUUAGAAAAUACAGUUUUAAUAUUAUUAAGCGAUCAUGGAAUUAGAUGGGGUGACAUACGCUUUACAAAACAGGGUCGCUUAGAGGAGAGAUUGCCUUUGAUCCACAUUUUAUUGCCAUCAUCUUUUUAUGAAAAUUAUCCACUUGCGUAUGAAAAUAUUAAUCUAAACAGCGGCCGUCUUACAACACCUUUCGAUAUACAUGCUACACUUUUAGAUCUGGUAAAUAUGGAAACAAUUAGUAAUUAUAAUAUUAAACUCAGAAGUUCCACACCUUAUUAUAAAGAAAGGAGUAUGAGUUUAUUUUUACCAAUAUUGAACAACCGUACAUGUCAAAUGGCCGGAAUAGAGGAUCACUGGUGUACUUGUAAUAGAGGAAUAAAAUUAUCUACUAAAAGUUCUGAAGGACAGGAUGCUGCCACUCAUUUAAUUUCGCAUUUAAAUAUGCUCGUACGUAAAAAUCCGAAAUGCGCAAAACUCUCUCUUUUGGAAAUAAUGGAAGUGACGGAAAUGACUGUUGGCACUCCUUACGACAAAGAAGUUGGAUGGCGGGAAUUUUUAGUAGUUGUACAAGUUGCUCCAAGCAACGGCGUGUUCGAAGCUACUAUGCGAAAAUACAGCAAACAUUGGCUUUUAACGGGAACUAUCAGUCGCAUAAACCUCUAUGGAGAUCAAAGUCGUUGCGAGCAUAAUUAUCAACUUAAAUUGUAUUGUUUCUGUCAGUAAGUAUUUUCAAAUAUUAGAUCUUUUAAUUUAUAAUUAAAUCUGUGAUACAUUAAUUUUAGCGUAGAACAUAAAAAUCAUGGAAUUUUAUUACAAUAUAGGCCUAUCUUAAUUCUCAUAGGUACGUGAUUUUAAUGUAAUACCUAGUCUAAAAAGGAAUCUACUAAUAGUUACGAAUUUAAUUUCUAGUAUUGUUGUGCCAAACACAGUAACUGUGAGUUGAUGUUAAGUUAUUAUAGAAGCAUUUUUUUUACAAACAAACGAACUGUAGGUAUUGAAAGCUAUAAAACAUAUCGUUCAUACUGUAUACUAAGCAGUACUAAGGUUACCCUUUGACGUUUUCUUAAUGUCUAGAUUGUUUUCUAGUUGUAUAGUGGUAGUGUAAGAAUGUAAUUUUUUGCGUAAUGCUAUUGUUUCCUAAUUAGUUCGUUAAAUAAGCAAAUUAUUUGUAUAGUCAUGGAAAAACAAAAUCGUCGUUCUCUUAAAACUUCAACUUCUUUUCUACUACAUUAUGGGCCCAUUGGUAAACCAAUUACAAUAGUAGGAACAUAUCGUAUAUAUAAGACGAUUUUUUCUGCACAUAUAACAAUUGUAACCUAUCUACUAAUCUUAGUCUUCUUGUAGUAUUAUCUAAGUCUAAUUGUUUAUUGUAGAGACAUAUUAUCAAUAGUACUAUGACUAUUCCACCUAUGUAUAUCAUAUCAUAUAAUUUUUUAAUAUGUUAUUAAGAAUUAUUUUAUGAGUACUUUUCUAUAGGACGUGUAUUAAAAUAAAUACUUAGAAUAAGUACAUCACAAAGAACACAAUUCAAACUCUAACGUGUAAACAAUAAUAAGUAUCAGUAUCUAGGCCUACUUCACCGUCCGUCUACUAUAAGGUACACGGAAGGUAUUGAUUACUGCGCUGAUGCAUUGAAAACUCAACCGUUGACACACAGACUCUCUUUUUUGUUAAAUCUCUGCCUUUGAUGAACAAAAUAUACAUGCAUAAUAAAUCACUUUUUAAAUAAUGCAUGCCUAUAAACAAGUCAGUUGGUAGUCCCUUCAUAAAAUUAAUAUCUAAUUGGUAUGUCUUCUGUCUAGCCAUGACGUUUAGCCAUUUUUAGAUCUUCCAUUAUAUCCGUAAAUUAUUUAAAAUAUUUUUUGUAUUUUUAUAGCACUAAAGAAUAUUAUAAGUUGUUUGGGAAUAUUAAAAAUGUAAUUAAUAAAAUGUUACUUAGAUGUGUGUUACAGUUGUUGAUAUUACAGUGUAUGUUACUAUUUUAAUGUUAGUUUUCGAAUUUUUAAACCAAAUACAAUAGUAGGAACAUAUCAUAUAUAUAUAAGGAGCUAAAAGUAAUAGGUCAAAUAGGUUACAAGUGCUCGUCACGGCCCCUUGCAAAACUCGUGAACCGAGAUAAAAUGGGUGAGAGCUGCAACAUCUUCGCGAUCACAGACUUCGUGAAUUUAACAAUUCUUUAAUAGGUGUUACAAAUUUAUGUUUAUAGAGUUCUAAUGGUUUAUGUAUUAUAAAUUUUACGGAUACACAUUCUAACGCAUGAUCGUAUGAAAUUUCAUAAAAAUAUAAGCAUUAAGUACAGGUAUAAUAUCUAUCAUUGGGCAUUUGCGUAUACAAUAUAAACAAUUUGUACUUGUGUUGUUGUUUAUUCACCUCUUAUGUAAUUAUGUCGUUUAAUUAACUCGGCCUAUGAAAACAGCAAAUAUAUUUGUUUUCCUCGAUGUUUCAAAUUAAUUGUCGCGAAAGUGUUGUACGUUCACUUGUGAUAUUAAUUACAAUACACACGA